CUCGAGCUGCUGCUGCGUAAAGCGCGGACGCUGUGUGCUUGGCCUAGCUUGCUGCGAGCUCCCGCGGACGCGGGGGGCCUCGGGCUUCCGGCUCCGUUUGCAGCCGCCCCCAGAAUAAAAGGCAUAAGACCCACCAUGGCCCCCAAAAAGAGGAGUCACAGUACCAGUAGUGAGCCGGAGAAGAUGGAAAGCCAGGAGAGUAAAGCUAAGAGGAAGCCACUCCAGAAACACCAGUUCAGCAAGAGCAACAUGGUCCAGAAAGAGGAGGAGGACAAGAGAGAGGGAGAGAAAAGGGGAGGAGCAGAGGGCCUGCACGAAGUAGUGAGGCAGUCCAGGCUCCGGACCGCUCCCUCCGUGCUGGAAUUUCGCUUUAAUAAACAACGAGUGAGACUCAUCUCCCAGGACUGCCACCUGCACGACCAGUCCCAGGCCUUUGUGUACUGGAUGUCUCGGGACCAGAGAGUGCAAGAUAAUUGGGCAUUCCUUUAUGCCCAGAGAUUGGCCCUGAAACAGAAGCUGCCCUUGCAUGUCUGCUUCUGCCUUGCCCCCUGCUUCCUGGGGGCCACCAUCCGCCAUUAUGACUUCAUGCUUCGUGGCUUGGAAGAAGUAGCCGAGGAGUGUCAGAAGCUGUGCAUCCCCUUCCACCUGCUUCUAGGCCUGCCAAAGGAUGUCCUUCCUGCCUUCGUGCAGACACAUGGCAUUGGUGGCAUAGUGACUGACUUCUCCCCUCUGCUCCACCACACCCAGUGGGUGAAGGAUGUCCAGGAUGCACUGCCAAGGCAGGUGCCCUUUGUACAGGUAGAUGCCCACAACAUCGUUCCAUGCUGGGUAGCCUCUGACAAGCAGGAAUAUGGGGCUCGAACCAUCCGACACAAGAUCCACGACCGGCUUCCUCAUUUUCUUACUGAGUUUCCCCCAGUUAUAUGUCACCCAUAUCCUUCAAACAUUCAGGCUGAGCCUGUGGACUGGAAUGGCUGCCGGGCAGGGCUGCAGGUGGACCGAUCGGUGAAGGAGGUGUCCUGGGCCAAGCCGGGCACUGCCUCAGGCCUGACCAUGUUGCAGUCCUUCAUUGCUGAGAGACUCCCGUACUUUGGGUCCGACCGAAACAACCCCAACAAGGAUGCACUCAGCAACCUCUCCCCCUGGUUCCACUUUGGGCAAGUCUCAGUUCAGCGGGCCAUUCUGGAAGUGCAGAAACAUCGAAGCCGGUACCCAGAUUCUGUGACUAACUUUGUGGAAGAGGCUGUGGUGAGGAGGGAGCUGGCAGACAAUUUUUGCUUCUACAAUAAGAACUAUGACAAGUUAGAAGGUGCUUAUGAUUGGGCCCAAACCACCCUGAGACUCCAUGCCAAGGACAAGAGACCCCAUCUGUACUCAUUGGAACAGCUGGAGUCUGGGAAGACACACGACCCGCUCUGGAAUGCUGCGCAGAUGCAGAUGGUGAAGGAAGGAAAGAUGCAUGGUUUCCUUCGAAUGUACUGGGCCAAGAAGAUUCUGGAGUGGACCCGCUCCCCUGAGGAAGCCCUUGAGUUUGCUAUCUAUCUCAAUGACCGGUUUCAGCUGGAUGGCAGGGAUCCCAAUGGCUACGUAGGCUGCAUGUGGUCCAUCUGUGGCAUCCAUGACCAGGGCUGGGCAGAACGUGAGAUCUUUGGAAAGAUCCGCUAUAUGAAUUAUGCCGGCUGUAAGAGGAAGUUUGAUGUGGCAGAGUUUGAACGAAAAUACAGUUCUGCAGAUUAAGGGAACAUUGGACCCCACACCCGCUUCUCCAGUCUUUCCACUUCCAACUUCUCUCCUUAAAUCCAGUUUCUUCCCCGCACAAAGCACUCUGUCGGGAGGGCAGUGACUGGGGGAGAGCCUGCAGCCCAGGCUCCAUUCUUUUGUUUAAAUGGCUUUGCUGGCUCCUGCUCUUUCUUGUUUCUUACCUCCUUCCAAGCAUCAAUGCUUUGUUUUACGUGACAGAGAAUCUCCCUCUGGCUUAACAGGGCUUUUUGGUUGUCUGUUUCUAAGAGCUUCACAGAUGUUACCUGGAAAUUGAUGUCAAACUAGAACCUAGCUUUCUUUGCUUUCUGUUUCUUUAGCUCCAGUACUCAAAAAGGUUAAGAAUUCCUGUUUUAGGCAGCCUAGGUAUUUAUCUAGAUACACUGCUGUCAGAAGGAUGGUUUUCAAUUCAUCAGAAUAGGGCAGGUCAUCCUCGAUGUGAACUGAACUUUAGUUCUCAGGUUGCUAGGCUACCCAGGAGAACCACUUCCAGCCUGAGGUUUGUUUGUUGCCUUGGUGACGGUUACUGGCAACAAAGUAGAUGCCCUUCACUUGGGGAAGUGGUUUAACAAAUGGCGGUGCCCGAAAAAUGGAGUAAUUACUGUGCUGUAAGAAAUGGAGACAGAAGGAUGGAAAUACUGAACUGAUGCAGAAUGAAGUAAGCAGACACAGUGGGCACAGUGAUAUAAAGACAACUGCAAAACAAUCAAAACUGAAUGCUGGGAAAUUACAAAGACCAAUCUUGGCCCAAAGAAGAGAGAGGAGACACUUUGCCAUGCCCUUUUGUAAAAGCAGCGGACCAUGGGUGUGAGACACUGCAUAUAUAUCAUCAUAUGUUUUUUGAAAUGUUUAGUUUUGUGCAGCUUAAUUAUAAGGAAUGUUCUCUGGGAGGUGGUGGGGGGAUGAAUAUGGUAGGAAAUAUAGGAGGCAUAUAAACAAAAGAUAUCAAUAAAAGUUUAUUUUUUACAAUAGCCUAAAGCUUUACAGAUACAUCCCUGAAAUGUUCAAAUAUGCAUUUUGAGUAUUUUGUUUAUAUCUUCUCUGGAAUUUGGUUUCUGUAUCUGGAGAACCUAGAACUUACACCUUCUGUUAAUGGGAGUAUUCAGUCUUUCUUCGUUAAAACUCUGGAGUUUAUAAAAUCUAUUGAAAUGCAGCUUUUGUCUAUACCUCUGUGAGAAUGUGUCUGAUUCAGAAUUAUGUAGCUUUUAAUCAUUCAAAUCAAGUGUUGGGUUGUGGGGGAUGGGGUGGUAGUGGAAUAAUUCAUCCUCUCCUUUGGGUAUUUCUGGCAAAUUAUUAAUUACCAAGUCAGACCAACCUUUAGAAAGCUUUUGUUGUCUUCUCGAAAACUGUGUACACAUCUGUUGUGACUUAAGCCCAUUGGGGAUGGGGGCCUUUUUGACUGCUUUUCACUCUAUGUGAUAGAAUUGAGUUUGUGCACUCAUUUACAGAGCUCGCUCUAAUUUUUUUCCAACUCUGCCUUUGUUGGAUGGGAAAAGUGAGAUCCCUAGUUUGCUUAAAUGUUGGGGAAAUUGAUAAAACCCCAAACCUAUUCUUACAGGGGAGCUCAGAUCUAGAGCUGAAAAGGACCAACUAGUAAAAUUGGCAUAGGCUAAAUCAUCUGAUUUUAUAGAUGGGGAAACUGAGGCCCAGGAAAGUUAACUGAUUUGUCUAAGGUCAUCAGGGGCAGAAUUUGAACUCAGGUUUUCUGGUUCCAGAGCCAGGGCUGCUCUUGCAUUACAGCACCUUGCUUUACAGGAUACAAUCAUCUGUUUGAGGCCAGGCUGCCAUUCAAAAUUAAGGAAUUGGCUUUACUGCAGAAAAUGAGAGGCUACUUAGAAGACUGUGAAGAUGUGGGAGGAGGGGCUCAGUUUCCUCAUCUAUAAAAGGAGGGAAUUGGACCAGAUGAUUUCUGAGAUCCCUUCCAACUCUGAUGACCCUAUCAUCUGCUGGCAGUGAGCUGAAUAGACUGGAAGGUCACCCCAGUAGUUAGGACCUGAACAAAGGUGGUAGGGAUGGAUGGAGGAGAUACAACAGAAGAAUCUGUGGGACUUAGUGACCCAUUAGUUAUGUGUCCAAGGUUGUGCUUGUUCCAGCACCUGAGUCACAGAAAUAGUAGCCAAACACAAUUUAAGAUUUUGAUGCUGGGUGACUGGGGAAUAAUAGUACUUGGAAGCAGACCUUGCUCCCUUCCUUAGGAAUAUUAUAAAAGCAUUAAAAAAAUUCUACUCUAAA